AUGUCUGAUAUACUACCAAUUUCCUGUAUAUCUUGCAGAAGAAGAAAGAUUAAAUGUAACAAGAAAAAACCUUGUGAUCAAUGUAAUAAAAGACAAUUAGUUUGUGAAUUUCCUGCUACAUUCAGAAAUAUAAAAAUUACAGAAGAUGAUUUUAAAGAGGUUGAACAAGAAACUAAUAAUCAACAUCAAAAACUUAAACAAUCUCCUAAGAAUAUAAAUGAUCAAUCAAGAAUACUACAUAAUGUUUCAGAUCCACAACAUCAGCAUCAACAACUACAGCAACAUCAACAACAACAUCAACAACAACAUCAACAACAACAUCAACAUCAACACCAUCAUCAACAUCAUCCACAACAUCAACCACAACAUCAACAUCAACACCAACAUCAUCAUUCCAACAUACUAAGUCACCAACACAGUCAACUUCAACAUAAUCAACAACAGAUACAGAAUCAACAGCAUCAAUUAAAUCAACAACAGAUGAGAAAUCAUGAGUUACAACAAAGUCUUCUAAAUCAUCAAAAUAAUCAACAACAACAUCAUCACUUACAUCCAUCUCCAAAACCAUUAACUCAAAAUUUAAACAGAACUAGUCAAAUCGAUGAAUCAGAAAGUUCAGGUGGUAGUUCAAAUUCAAUUUUACAAUCAUCUUCAGAAUCAGCUACAAAUUCCAUAUCAACAGAUCCAACAUCAGUUGAUUUACAAAGUGUUAAAGGAGUUGAUAGAGUUGGUGAUAGUACAGUUUCACCAGAGGCAAAAUCAGAUACAAAUUCAAAUUCUCUUGAAGGUAAUUCAUCAGAUUCUUCAAGUACUCCUGCAAAUUCAGUAAGUUCAUUACCAAUACAUUCAUUAACAUCAGUGCCAUCAUUUCAAACAAGAAGACAGGGCAAUGAAGCUGAUAAUUUCGUAAUGAUGAAAGAAAAUUUUGAUAUAAUGAGAGCUGCAAAUUCACAAUUAUUAGAUGAAAAUAGAGUUUUAACUCAAAGAUUAGAAGAAGUUUUACAAAGAAUUACAGUUUCUGAUUCAACCCCUCCUUCAUCUUCAUCAUUAACUACUUCAUCAAGUGGUGUGAAUUCAAAUGCAAGUAAAAAACAAUCAUCAACAGCAAGCACAUCAAGUGGUAAUAGUGGUGCUAGUAGUGGUAAACGUGAUAGAACAUCAGAUUCAUCAUCAGAAGAUUUACCUUAUAAAAAGGAAAAAAUUGGGUUUUUUGGCCAUUCAAAAUCAAGUUUCCCAAAUGAUUCAGCUAGUGCAAAUCAAGGAAUGUAUUCAACUAAUUUAAGAGAUGAUAAUGGAACUCAACCAAAAGAACUGUCAAGUAACUCAUCAGGUGGUAGUAGUGGAGAUGAAGUUUCUCAACAAAUUACUUCAGAACAACAACCAUUACCAAGAGAAAUAAAAUCAACUCAACAACAAAGAAAAAUUCAUAAAUUGAAAAGAUCUAAAAAUUCAGUUUCUGGUCAUGGUGGUGAAACAAAUAUAAAUGAUUGGGAAAAAGAUAUUGAUGCUUAUCAUUAUCAAGAAACUAUGAAAUCAAAUAAAAUGACUGAAAGAAGUUCAAAGAAAAAAAGAUUACCUAUAUUACCAUCAUAUUUAUUAAAGUAUGAAUCACCAGAUAUAAGUACAGAUUCAGAUACUUAUCAAGAUGUUUUUAGAUUAAAUUUUGAAGUAAUUAUGAAUUUAGUUUAUAAAUUUUUUGAAAGAAGUCCAUUUUAUAGAAGCUUUAUAUCAGCAUCACACGUGGUUGGAUUUUUGAAAAAUUAUGAACUGAUCAAUGAUAGAGAUUGGGAUAAUGAUGAUGAUUUAUUAUUAGUUUAUAUGAUAUUAAGUAUAUCAAUUCAAAGAUUGAGUCCAAAAGAUUUCGUUGAAUUAAAUUUAUUACCAGCUGGUUCAAUAAGUACUUGUACAAAAUAUAGAAAAUAUUUAACAAGAAAUGUUUUACAUAGAGGAUUUGAAAGAUUAAGAAGUGGAUUAAUUAAUGAAUCUUUAAUGUCAAUUCAAUCAUAUAUAUUAUGUACUGAAUGGUAUUUCUUGGAACAAAAAUAUGAAGAAUGUUGGACAAUGAUGUUUCAUACUUGUUCUAUAUCAUAUUCUAUUGGUUUACAUAUUAUGGGAAAUUAUAGAUUACAAGAUGUUAAACCUGGUAAACAAUUUGGUAAUUUAAUUAGUGCUACUGCUGAAGAUUCAGAUGUUAGUGAUAAAAAGGAAUCAUCAGGUUCUGAAGAAGAUGAUAAAACUCAAGAUGAAGAAUUAGAUGCAAGUAGGUAUAGAUUAUGGUUUGCAUUAAAAUUUUAUGUUUCAGUUAUAUGUUCAAUUUUUGGUAGACCAAAUCCAAUAUCUGUACAAGUCGGAAUGUAUGGAUCAAAUAGUGGGUUAGGUUUUGAUAUACCGAAUAAAAAAGCUCAUAUAUUAUUUAAAGUUGGAGUUUCAGAAUCUUUAAGAUUAUCAAAUUUAAUGUUGAUUGAAAAUUUUAUGAUUGAUUUUACAUUACCUGAUCUAUUAAACUUAUCACAAAAGUUUGAUAAUGAAAUUGAAUUAUUAGAAACUACAUAUGAUGAAGAGAUACAAAAUAAUAGUAGUAGUGGAGGUGAUUCAAGUAGUGAUGAACAAAUGUCAGCUUCAAUUAACGAUGUUGAUUUUUUAAUGACUGAUGAUUUUACAGGUAAAGAAUUACAAAUUUCGAAUUUAGAUUUAUUAUCAGAUAUUAUUGUAUUAUAUAUUAAUAAUGCAAAAUUAUAUGAACCAUUUAUUAGUAAAUUUGAAAGUGUCGACGGUUAUGAUAAAAUAGUCAAAAGUCAGAUAAAAUCUGUAUCCAAGUUCUUAGUAUUACUUAAUACUUUUGUGGAACAAUUUUUGAAACAAUACAUUAAUGAUAAUUUAAGAGAUGUUAUUGAAGGUGGUAAUAGUAAUACAGGUAGUGAGGAUGAUAAACAACAUUCGGAGAACAGCAACAAUAACAACAAUCAUACAUAUCAAGCAUUGAAUUUUGGACCUGUCAAAUUUGGUAAAUUAUUCAAGACUUAUUAUCCAUAUCUUAAUUCAUUUAUUUGUCAAGGUAUAAUUGUUGUAUUUACAUUAUUACAUUAUAAAUCAAAAGAUUUUGUUGCAAACGAUAAUUCAUCAGAUUUAAAUAAUGAGUUUUUAUCAUUAAUUGAGAACAACUUAAAUUCUUUAUUAAAUUUUGAACAAAGAUUAUCUACCAAAUAUAUUACAACUUCUAGAAUGUGGUCAUCAAAUAUGGUUUAUUUAAUUAAUAGAGUUUUAAAUCUUAUUAAAUUAUUACAUGAAAAACAAGAAGAUGAAUCAAUUGCAGAAGAAUUAAGAAAUAGAAAAUUAAAAUCAACUUCAAAAUCUAAUGAAUCAACUCCUGAUAAUUUACCAACUAAUUUACCAAUUACAACUUCUCGUGGUAAUUUAUCAUAUUUAUUAAACACAAAUCCAUUUGGUGAUCCAUCACAAUUUGAAUAUCUUAAUGGUUUCCAUUUAAAUGAUCCAUUUUGGUUAACGGUACCAGAUAAUUUACCAUAUUAUUUAGGUUCACCUGGUGAAGAUAUAAGACAACAAAAUAGAACUAUAGCUGGAUUCAAACAAUAUGAUCCACAAGUAAGAAGUGAUAGUAUUAAUCAAAGAUUAAAUAAUAAUUCAAGUACUGGAUCAAAUUCAAAUUCAAGUAAUACUUCAAAUACAAAUACUUUAUCACAACAACAAUCAGAUAUGUUUGGAUUACAAGGUUAUUCAAAUUGGAAUGAUGUAAAUAAUAUGCAAGGAAUGAGACAAACUCCAACAAAUACUUCAUCAUCAUCAAAUAAUACUCCAACUGUUAGUAAUACUUUAAGUUCAGCUUUUAGUUCUCGUAAAAAUGGUCCAUUAUCAGCUGGUUUACCACCACCAAUUUUAACACCAACAAUUCAACAACAACCAUCUUAUCAAAGUGCUGCCCCUUCACAACAACAAUUACCACCAUUACCACAAUUACAAUCAUCAGCAAGUAUAAAUCAACCAAAUCCUCAACCACCACCACCACAACAACAACCUCAACCACAACAACCAUCACAAUAUAUGCCUGGUUUUGUUGGAGGUGGAUAUAUGUUCCCACAACAAAUUAGUUAUAAUCCAAAUCAAUAUUCUAAUGAUUAUUAUAAUCAGUCAUUAAAACAACAACAAAAUCAACAAGAUAAAAUGACUGAUUAA